GCGUCACUUCCGGCCGGCGCGAAAGUUCGCGCAGGCGUCGUGGCGGCGGGAGCCGGGUGCAGGCUGUUGGGCGCCUCACGUGGGCGGGAUGAUGAACAACGAACAAAGUCCAGCGACUUCCCUCAUUGACAGAACCAUCAAGAUGAGGAGGGAGACAGAAGCCCGGAAGGUGGUCUUGGCCUGGGGGCUCCUUAAUGUAUCAGUUGCUGGCAUGAUUUAUACUGAAAUGACUGGAAAGCUGAUAAGCUCAUAUUAUAACAUUACUUACUGGCCACUGUGGUAUAUUGAACUUGCACUUGCAUCUCUGUUCAGCCUGAAUGCCCUGUUCGAUUUCUGGAGGUAUUUCAAAUACACUGUGGCACCAACCAACUUGGUUAUGAGUCCUGGGCAACAAACUCUUCUUGGGCUUCAGAAUGCGUCAGUACAAACAACUCCUCCACAAGAGCUGGUGGCAAAGAAAAUCCCUCCUUCUACGCCUUCUCCUCCAAUCCAGGGUCAGAGUGUGCUGAGUUACAGCCCAUCCCGUUCACCCAGUGCCAGCCCAAAAUUCACUGGUUGCAUCACUGGGUAUAGUCCUCAGCUACAUUCUCUGGCAGGCAGUAGUGGUUCCUACAGCACUGCUAUGACCUACUCACCAAAUAGCAACUAUAGUAAGGCAUCUGCCUUCAGUCCCUCUCCUACUGGGUCACCAUACCCCACCAGCAUUGGACCAGUAGAAAGCAGUGGGCUGAGGUCUCGGUACCGUUCUUCACCAACACUAUACAACUCCCCUACUGGCAAAGAAGACUACAUGACAGAACUAAAAUCAUUAGACAGCUUCCUUCGAAGUGAAGAGGAGAAACAGCAUCGAGUUCAGCUGGGGAGUUCAGAUUCCAGCUCUCCUUCAAGCAGUCCGACAUUCUGGAACUACAGCCGUUCCAUGGGAGAUUAUGCACAGAUUCUGAGGAAAUUCCAGUACCAGCUGGCCUGCAGGUCUCAAGCUCCAUCAGCACACAAAGAUGAAGCCGACAUGAGUUCUAAACAGGCUGCAGAAGAGGUUUGGGCAAGGGUAAUGAUGAAUCGACAACUGCUUGAUCACAUGGACUCCUGGACAGCUAAAUUCAGAAAUUGGAUUAAUGAGACUAUCUUAGUGCCACUUGUACAAGAGAUUGAUUCUGUGAGCACUCAGCUGAGAAGAAUGGGAUGUCCAGAGUUGCAGAUUGGAGAAGCCAGCAUUAGCAGUCUGAAACAAGCAGCUCUUGUUAAAGCUCCACUUAUCCCCACACUGAAUGCUAUAGUGCCAUACCUGGACCUUACUCCAAACCAGGAGUAUUUGGUAGAAAGGAUCAAAGAGCUUUCCCAAGGAGGCUGCAUGAGUUCAUUUUGUUGGAACAGAGGUGGGGACUUCAAAGGCCGUAAAUGGGAUACAGAUUUGCCCACUGACUCUGCUAUCAUUAUGCACGUAUUCUGCACUUACCUUGACUCCAGGCUGCCACCUCAUCCUAAGUAUCCUGAUGGCAAAACAUUUACCUCUCAACACUUCGUUCAAACACCAGAUAAGCCAGACAUUUCCAAUGAGAAUGUGUUUUGCAUCUACCAAAGCAGCAUCAAUCCUCCCCACUAUGAGCUUAUCUACCAGCGCCAUGUCUACAACCUGCCCAAGGGCAGAAACAACAUGUUCCAUACCUUGCUAAUGUUCCUGUACAUCAUAAAGACGAAAGAAUCUGGAAUGCUUGGGCGAGUAAAUCUUGGCUUAUCGGGAGUGAAUGUUUUGUGGAUUUUUGGAGAAUAAUACCUGUGUUUGCUGUAGCUGGCCUCCAGCUUAAAUGUAAGAAACACCUCUGCCUCUGCGAAGAUAACUGAGCAGCUUAAAUACACUCGUUGCCUUGAACAUAGACUUGCUGUGGGACAAAAUACUUACUUAUCUCUGCUUUGUGGACAGAGGAGAUGUUUACAUUUCAUAUUUUGUUCUUGUGAGAAUAUACUUUUUUUUUUUAAACAAUUUGAGCGUGGAAGUGCUCCAAGUCGCUGUGAUUCCACAUCUGAUGCCUCUCUACCAGUUCCUGCCUUGAAACAUACUUGACAAGCCUCAACCGUUCUUUUAACUGAGAUGCUUUUCAGAGCUCAUUGCUGUGGCUACUUCACUUAGAUACAGCCCCCUACACCAGCAAUUAAACCUGGUGAAGGCAGGAUCCUGCAGUACAACUGGGAUUGCCCAGCUACGGGUGCACAUUGCUGUUGAUUUCUACUACGGUGCAAAUGCAAGAUCCACGAGCUCCAAGGGAAGCUGCAUGGUAACCAGAUUUCUCUUGUGCUCAAGAUGUUCAGAGAAACUGUUUGUUAAUUAACAUCUUUAUCAUAUCUGAUCAGAGAGGUUCAUGGCCAUCCUCGCAGGUGCCCCGUAUGCAGGAUUUUUCUAAGACCACUACAUUUCUAAGGUGACUGCCCUGGAGAGAUAAAUGAAAGGAAGCCUCACACCUAACUCACUAGUCAGGCUUCACCAGUUUGGAUUGCUCUCAAAAGAACUGAGGUGCCUUUUAAGCUUGACUUUUUUUUUGAGUGCAGUGACACAUGACUUGAGCGCAGAUGCUGUGGUACCCCAGCUUCAUUUACUUUUUUAAAACUUUUUUUUUAAAAGUUCUCACAUUGGUGUUUCAGCUACUAAUCCUUGAUUUUUUUUUCAGGGAUAUUUCUGUGAGAUGUAAAAACCACUCUAGAAUGGAAAGGGGUCUCUUAUGUGCUUCAGGGCACUUUAGGAUGCUUACAUGAGAAUAUCCCUAGGAGCACAGGUACAUAUUCUGGUCCCAGCUGAUCUUCAUUGCUUGGAAUUUCUCUUUAACCGAGAGAAAUGGGCACAGCUUGGCUGGGAAAUGCUCACAAACCUCCUGGUGUUCCCUCCUCUGGUGCUGAGAGUGAUUGCCUACAAGCAAGAAUCAAACUGGUGACUUGAUCUCCUGUCUUCCUUGGGUGCCACAUCACCUGGUUGGAUCAUCAAAUCAGCACCCAUGUCAUGUGCAAGAUCUGCUCCCUUUACUAGAAGCUUAUAUGAUGAUGGAUGAGGAUCUUCUGGUUUUGGACAUAACCCAAUGUAGUGGUUGACAGUUAUCUAAGCAGUUGUGCGUAAUGCAAGCUAAUUGCUUGUUAGAAAACCAGUUUGGAAAAAAAAACAGGUGCUUAAAUGUGUUUACAAGGUGUGUUCCUAAAGCCAUUGCAAUUCCUGGUGAAACAGGAAGUUUUAAAAAUGUGUAGUUUUUAACUCUUUUUAUAUUAGGGAGGAUGUAUUUCAGAAACCCUCUGGGAGGGGUCUUCAUCAUUCACUCCUCUGAAGUGUGAGUUUAUAACAGGUGUGCCUGCUUAGUUUUACCCAUCAGCUCACGCUGGCCAGGAAAUCCAGACAUUUUCAUGCCACUCCAAAGCGCAAAAACACUGAAAUCCUGCCAAAAAUACUCAUCCAGGGUUCAUUAAAUGUGCUGCCUGGAUAGACAUGUGCAGAGCAUACAAAACCUGAAUGAGCUGUACUGUGACUUCAUGUUCCUUGUACCAUGUUUCCAUUUUUGAAUGAACUGUGGAUUGCCUGCGUACACAAGUAUUUAGAAAGAACAGCGUUGGCAUUUUUCAUGUGCUUGGUCUUGUUACCAUUCAUUUAUUGUUUUGGGCAGACACCUGGCGUUUUUUAGCAUCAGCUGGAUUCCUGUUUGUUGUAGGGCCUACAAAUUGUUGCAGAUGAUACUUUUGCCAAAAAGUUGAGAACGUUACUUGGAGAGCAGACUGUUAAGAAAAUGUUCGAUUCAGUGCCUGUAUUAAAUGGGGCUGCCUUGUUUAAA